AUGGAAGCCGAGGCUCCCUCCGGCCCGGGCACCAUGUCUAAAGCCGAGAUUCUGAGAGGAAUCCUGGCCGAUAAACUUUAUAACACAACUAAGGCCCUCUACUACAUGCACCACACUUUGCUAAAGAAACGAGGAAGAAGAGGAGGAGGAGUCAAAUGCCACAGUUGCCAGUACUGUGACAAAUCCUUCACGACGAUCAGCUACUUAAAGGUCCACGAGAGAGCGCACACCGGAGAGUAGCUCCACAAGUGUGACGUCUGCGGGAAAGCUUUCACCACUCGGUGUUACCUCAAAAUCCACCGGCGUUUUCACACGGGAGAGAAACCGUACAGCUGCGACCAAUGUGGGAAAACGUUCUUCGACAGCAGCUCGCUCAAAGCCCAUCAACGCGCCCACAUCGGAGUGAAACCGCACAGCUGCGACGAGUGCGGAAAAGCCUUUCCUCAGAUCGGCGACCUCGCGGUCCACCGGCGCAUUCACACCUGAGAGAAACCGUACAGCUGCGACCACUGCGGGAAAAAUUUCCGCAGAGCCAACCACCUGAACAUCCACCGGCGCACGCACACCGGGGAAAAACCGCACAACUGCGAUCAGUGCGGGAAGACUUUUUCCCAGAUGGGCAACCUCAAAGUCCACCAGCGCGUCCACACCGGGGAGAGACCGCACCAGUGUGACCAGUGUGGGAAAACCUUUUCACAGAGCAACACCCUUAACGUCCACCGACGCAUUCACACUGCCGCUUCAUCCUGA